CUGAAGGGUGUGGAUUGAUUCGAUCUAUUUGAGCAGAUUUACGAAUCUGUUGUAAUAAAUUAAUAUAUUUCUCAACAUAUUUGGUGAAUAUGUCUGUGCUCCUAUUGGUCAGAAUAAGGUGGUUCGGAUUGCCAAUUACUCAACAUGUUUGCCAAACCUGCUCUAUAAAAUCCACCACAAACCUCACCUCACAACCUCAUCUCACGGUUCCAAUCUGUCUUCUAACUUCUCCAAAUUUUGGCCAUCUCCUUCAUCUUAACCCAAGUUUUCAUGGCUACACAAAGAGAGCACCCCCAUCCCGGGCCCAUAAAACGUUCUGUAUUGGUAAUGAAACCUGGAGAACAUCGUGCCGAUAAUGUGUGGAAAACUGAAGAGUCGAGAGACCUAAAAUUGAGGUGCAUUACUUACCCCAAAUCCGCCAAAGACGAUGGCGAACGUGAUCCUAGAGUCGUACAACUGCUGAGUAAAUCAGGCUUUCAAGGAGCUGAACGAGUAGUACAAAUCAAAAUUGAUCACGUCUUAUCACUGCAUUGGUUGAGAGGUGGAGACCAGAAACACAUUCUUUCCAUUUACCUUUUGGCGAGGUCGGCAUUACCUUGCAAGAUGUACAGGUGCUGCUGGGGUUACCGAUUGAUGGUCUCCCACUUACUGGUCCGACGGCACAUAGUAAGACUGAAUGGGUCCAAAUGUGUGAUGAUUAUCUUGGUUUCAUACCAUUUGAAAAAGAUAUAAUAUCAUCCAACAGCAUUAGAAAUCUAGCCAUUCAGCGCUUUUUGUUGUCACCGUGGAGCACUGACAUUGAAGUUAUUCAACAUACUAAAACGUUGAUUUGGCAGUUGCUCAGUGGGUUGUUGUUCCCUAGCACUUCCGGUAGAGCGUCACUUUACUUUCUUGAGUUGUUGCAUGACAAUGUAGAGAACUUGACUAGGUGGAGUUGGGGCUCAGCUGUGUUGGCAUUUCUGUACCACAACUUAUGUGAAGCGGCGAAGGCGGACACAUCUUCGAUUGGAGGAUGUUUAAUCCUUUUACAACUUUGGGCAUGGGAGAGGUUGCCAAUGGUUCGACCCCAACGGGUUCUUCCACUGCAUGCAAUAUUUGAUUUGCCCUAUGGUGCUAGGU